AUGUCUUACAGCUUCUCGAUCGAAAGCGUUAGGGAGCAGUUCCCAGCACUGGCGAAACCCCAGAUUUUCGGGGACAACGCUGGUGGUAGCCAGGUUCUCGGGACCGUCGCUAAGAGCAUCGCUGAUUAUCUUAUCGACACCAACGUCCAGCUUGGCGCGAGUUACAAGACGUCAACGCAAUCAACCGCCAUCUUCGACAAUGCAUACAAGGCUGCUGCUAAGUACGUCAAUGCCGGCGUUGAUGAAAUAGUGAUUGGGGCCUCGACAACGCAAGUCUUUCGCAACCUCGCCGCAGCUCUCAGCCUACAGCCUGGAGACGAAGUGAUUCUCUCCCAGAUUGACCACGAGUCCAAUAUUGACCCUUGGCUUCAUUAUGCCGCCCUUGCCGGUGCGACAGUCAAAUGGUGGACACCUUCUGAUCGCCGAAACCCCAAAUUAGAUCCCACCACGUUACGAGGCCUCUUGACCAACAAGACGCGCCUGGUCGCCUGCACACAUUGCAGCAAUAUCCUCGGUACGAUAAAUGACAUCAAAGCCAUUGCGGAUGUUGUGCAUGAAAUUCCAGGAGCCUUGCUGGCAGUGGACGGCGUUGCCUAUGCGCCUCAUCGAGCUGUUGACGUAAAGGAACUCGGAGCCGACUUUUAUGCCUUUUCAUGGUACAAAGUUUACGGCCCCCAUAUCUCAUUGCUCUACGGAUCAGCGGCGGCUCAGGCUCAGCUCAAAUCACUUGGACACUACUUCAACCCUUCCGGAAGCCUGAUGGACAAGCUGGAGCUGGCCGCAGCUAGCUAUGAGCUGCUACAGGCUGUGAUACCCCUCACAGCCUAUUUUGGUGAAAAUCCCAAGCAAAUGUGGGCUGCAAUUGCAGAGCAUGAAGAGAAGCUCCAGACACCACUGAUCGAGUUCCUUGUAUCACGGCCUGAAAUUACGGUGUAUGGGGAGAAGUCGACUAAGAACUCGGUUCGUGUGCCCACGGUAAGUUUCACUGUUAGUGGUAGGUCUUCGCAGAGUGUCGUGGAGGCUGUCGAGGCAGUAUCGCAUGUUGGCAUUCGAUGGGGUCACUUCUUUUCAAAGAGAUUGGCAGAGAAGAUCCUUGGUCUCAGUGAUGAUGGCGUUAUACGCGUGAGCUUGGUUCAUUAUAACACAGUGGACGAAGUUCAUCAGAUUAUUGCUGCUUUGGAAAAGGUCCUGGGAUCUAAUUGA